AUUUGGGUGUCCUGUGUUAAUUUAGUGUAUCACCUUAAAGAUUAUUAGCCCAUGGAGAAACUACACACUAGACAAUGCAUACCCUUUGUCCUUUCAAGGGCAUUUAGUUAUAACCACUUAAGAAAGAGAUUCCCAAGAUCUCAAGUAGAGGAAGAUGGAGAGCACAUCUCAAACUUUAUCUACCUUUCGGCAACGUGGCUGCACCACAUGGUGACUGGCCUGAGACAUGGAGUCAUGAGGCAUUUUAAAACCUAAUCAAGCAUACCUCAUUUUAUUACACUUUGUUGUGAUUCACUGAAGGUUCAGAUGAUGGUUAGCAUUUCUUAGCAAUAAAGUAUUUUUUAAUUAAGAUACAUUUUUAAGAUAAUGCUAUUGAACAUUUAACAGAGUACAGUACAGUUAUAAACAUAACUUACAUGCACUGGGAAACCAAAACAUCUGUGACUCAGUUUACUGUGAUAUUCACUUUAUUGCAGUGGUCUGAAACCAAAUUCACAAUAUUUCUGAGGUAUGCUUUGUAAUAUUGUGAUUUUAUUGAGCAUUCACUAUGUGCCAAGUGCCUAAUCACAUUUAAUCCUCACGUCAACUAUUAGGUAGGUCUACACUACAUUUUACUCUUUUCAGAAAUGGGCACGGAGAUUUUAUUUGGCCAAGAUUGCAAGGCAUUAAUACAGUCCCCAAUCUUUUUGGCACAAGGGACCAAUGUUUCUAUGAGAAUACAACACCUGAUGAUCUGAGGCGAAACUGAGGCAGUGAUGCUAGCACUGGGGAGCAACUGCAAAUAUAAAUGAAGCUUCACUCCCUCACCCACCGCUCACCUCCUGCUGUUAGGCCCAGUUCCUAAUAGGCCACGGACCAGUACCGGUCUGUGGCCUGCAGGUUGGGAACCCCUGCAUUAAGUGACAGAACCAGAUCUCUUCAUCACAUUGCAUGUUCAAAGUCACUCAGCAGUAACCUCCCUACUAUGACAGAUUACCAUUUAGAGGUCCCAUAUGUCUAUUUGUCCUGCUUCCACCUUGUUACCAGUCAGCCUGAUCAGCACAGAUCAAAGACCAAGCCAGUGAGGUGGUCCUCUCCUUUUACUGUCUCUAUAUCCCUCAUUCAUGAAGAGAGGAAAUUUUCCCCUGCCCCUUGUCUCUCAUAUUUGGUGCAUAUCUUGUCCCGGGAAUAGACUAAGCACCCAGAGGGCAGGGAUAACUAUUCAACCUAUUUAUCAAAAACCGUGUGUUGGACCCAGUGCUAGCAGUAUGUGUAUGUUUGAGGGCCUGACAUCCCUGGAUCUGAGUCCUCUGCUUCCCACUGGAACCAUGCCCCUUCCAGUCCCAAUAAGUCUGAGGGAAGCUGGGAAGCAGGAGAGGGCCAAAUACUACCUCAGGGUGCAUCUUAGGGAGAGAAGGGACCUGGGGGUAGUGGGGUUCUGAGGAGUAAAACCACUUCCUGUGUAGCUAGUUCCUGCGUUGACAGCUGAAGGGGAGGAGGGGACGGAAGGACUAGAGCAGGGGUCGAGGGUCUACUGAGGCGCUGGAGAUGAGAAGACCAAGAGUCCUUCCCCACCUUGAAACUCCUCCCCUACUACUGGAGGAGAUUUUGCCAGUCUUUACUCCCAUGGGAGAGAGACAGAGGUCAAACAAGCAGUUUGGGUGGGAAAAGAGAACUGGAGGAAGUUGACAGGGAUGGGCGGGGCCCGUGGGGGGGCUGACCAGGAACCCAGCUUCCUGCUUAGUACCCAGACAUCCAGCCCCCGGCUCACCCCCACCCCUUCCAGCCCCCACUCCCCUCAGGAACUCAGGGUUCAGCCCUCCUCCAAAUCCCAGCUACCCCUCCUCCAUCAGUUUCUCCCCUCCAGGGGAUGGAGGCUGAGAGAUCCCAGGAAGAAGAGGACGGUGAGCAGGGCCCCCAUCAGGAUGAGCGUGGCUGGCCUCCUGUGAACACCACCACUAGGCCUUGGCGAUCUGCUCCUCCAUCCCCUCCUCCAGGGACCCGCCACACAGCCCUGGGGCCCCGCUCGGCCUCCCUGCUCUCCCUGCAGACUGAGCUCCUUCUGGACUUGGUGGCUGAGGCCCAGUCCCGCCGCCUAGAGGAGCAGAGAGCCACUUUCCAUGCCCCCCAGAAUCCCCCAAGCCUAACCAGAGCCCCACCCCGGCCUCUUGAGGACAGAGAACAGCUCUACAGCACCAUCCUCAGUCACCAGUGCCAGCGGAUGGAAGCCCAGCGGUCAGAGCCUCCCCUACCCCCAGGGGGGCAGGAGCUCCUGGAGUUGCUGCUGAGAGUUCAGGGUGGGGGACGAAUGGAAGAACAAAGGUCUCGGCCCCCCACACACACCUGCUGAGACUUGAGCCCCCCACCAGCCCCUCCACACUUCUGAGGCUCAUAGCUGGGCAGCCCACUGUAUGCCCUCAAUCCUGCUUGGCAGGGGCACCAGAGACUGGAAGACCUAGAUGAAAUCUCAAUAUUCAUUGCCCUCGUCACCUUCCCUGGGAAAUGGAGGGGGUGAAAGUGCUCAAACCCUGGGAAUCAAAGGUAUGAUGGUCAUUUAAGUUUCUCCUGGAGUACAUGGAGGCAUAAGGCAGUGAGAGGAUUCCAGCCACCAAGGGACACCCCAUCUCUACUCUGAUCUCAGGGAGUGACUUGGAGUCUUAAGGUCCUAAGCUGUAGGGACACCCCUAGUUGUCGAGCCACUAGGCAAGAUCUGAGGGCUUAGGCCUCCAUCUCCCGAGAAAAAGCAGAUCUCAGAAGGUUAUGACUUGAUAGUUCCCCCCUCCUUCCCAGUAAAAAGAAAAGGAAGGUGGGCACAGCAGAGAUAAAGAGGAUUCUCCCACCACCAGCACUUCUUGGCCCCUACAGGCUGUGAACAGACACUUAGCCAUGCCCACCCUCCCUCUCCACUGCUGCUCCGAGUCUGAUGUUUUGGUUGUAUGAAUAAAUGUAAUUCCCCUCUGGACUGAAGACUGGUGUCUGGGGCUACCGGGAUGGAGGGUAGGACAGUGAGGCCAGAGGCUGCCUCUCUCCCCAGCCUGGCGCGAGGCCAGCUCCCCUCCCAGGCUGGUUAAUUACAGGCUGAUUAAGCAGCGGCUGGAGACCUCCUUAAUUACCCCCUCCCGCCCCCUCUCCUGGUUUUAAUUAAGUAGAACAGGGAGGGGAGUCAUUAGGACAAGAAAUAUGAACUGAGCUGUCUGUGAACCCAGGCAUGCCAGCGACCAGAGUCCACGGCUCCUUGAUCCCUGAUUCAGAACCCUGGUGGCAGGCCCCCUGCCCCACGCCCCCAACAUGCCCUCCACCCA